AUGCCCGGUUCGCUCAACCUUGACGUGCCCGUGCUCAUCGUGGGCGCCGGGCCCUCGGGCGCCACCACAGCCCUGCUCCUCGCCCGCAUGGGCAUCAAGGCCAUGGUCAUCUCCAAGCACCGCAGCACCGCCAACACCCCUAGAGCCCACAUCUUCAAUCAAAGAGCCAUGGAAGUCCUUCGUGACGCUGGCUUGGAGGGUCCUAUGAGCGGUAUCGCGUGUCCUGCGCAACACAUGCAACACACGUCGUGGCUCGAAAGUCUCCCGUGCGAGAUGUCAGACCUGCCGCAGAGCCUCAUGGAGCCCGUAUUGGUCGAGGAGGCUACCAAGCUCGGCGCCGAGUUCCGGUUCUACACCGAGCUCGUCGAUUUUACGCAGGACGCGGAGCGCGUCACCGCCACGCUGCGGGACCGCGGCUGCACAGAUGAUGCCUCCUCAUCGUCUAGCUCAUCCGACGGGUCGUCCGACUCAUCGCCAACGUACACCGUCACGGCCAAGUACCUCAUCGGCGCGGACGGCGCCAACAGCCGCGUGAUUGAGAAACUAGGCAUCCCCGUAUCGGGCGUGACGCACAGCGACGCCUUCAACGUCCACGUGCGGUGCGAUCUCUCCAAGUACCUCUCGCACCGGUCGGGCAGCCUAAACUGGGUGCUCAACUCCACGGCGCCCGAGUGGGCGGCGGUCGGCAACUUCCGCAUGGUGCGGCCGUGGAACGAGUUCGUCUCCCACGAGGUGAUUCGCGAGCGGCUACACCAGCUCAUCGGCGACGACACGGUGGAGCUCGAGAUCCUGUCCACGUUUCGGUGGACCAUUCGCGAGCAGUUCGCCGACCGCUACCACGAGGGCCGCGUGCUGUGCAUCGGCGACGCCGUGCACCGCCACCCACCGAUCAAUGGGCUGGGCAGCAAUACCUGCAUCUCGGACGCUUUUAACCUUGCGUGGAAGCUCGCCUACGUGCUCAAGGGCUGGGCUACGCCAGACCUGCUCGCUUCCCUGACGACGGAGCGCAAGCCUGUCGGCGAUGGUGUCGUGCGCCGCGCUAACGACGGCAUGCUCGCCCACCGCCGGCUCUGGGCCCUCGUCGGCUCCGACCCCGCUGCACGCCAGCAGUUUCGCGAUGACCUCGCGGCCGCCACGCCCAAGGGUGCGCAAGCACGCCAGGAUCUCCGGGACGCCCUCGCCGCGACCGAGGACGAGGUGCAAUCCCUCGGGAUCCAGAUGAACCAGGCUUACCUCGCCGACGGGUCCGCCACCGCAGUCGAGGCCGGCGACGUCCCGCCUGAUUUCGGCGACCUUAACCCCCUCCGCCAGGUCAAACUCAGCACGUACCCGGGCUACCACCUACCGCACGUCUGGCUCGCCGCCAACGGCCAGUCCCGCCGCGUCUCCACGCUCGAUCUCGCGGGCGCAAACCGCUUCACCCUCCUAACGGGCGUGGGAGGUGACGCGUGGAAGAAGGCGGCUGAUCAGGUGUCCCGGGCGGGCGGUGUCCAGGUCGCGGCGUAUUGCAUCGGGUUCCGCGGCGACUACAUCGACUGCUACGAUGACUGGUACAAGGUGCGCGGGGUCAACGAGACGGGUGCGGUGCUCGUGCGGCCGGAUCACUUCGUGGCUUGGCGGUGCCAGGACUUGGUGGCUGAUCCAGCUGCCAAGUUGGCUGAGGUUUUGGGUACGAUAUUGGGCAAGAAUGUGGAGUUGGCUUCGAAUGGGGUCUAA